AUGAGUGAUGAUGAGAACGAUGCAUGGGAUGUGCCUAAUGAAUCAGAAGAUAGUGAUUCUUAUUUUGUUGAGGAGGGUGGUGAUUCUGGUGCGGAGGAGGGUGGUGAUAGUGAGGAAUGUGGCAAUCCAUCUAGUUUGUUGGAUGACGAGGAAGAGGAUGAGGUAUCCUCUGAUUUGGCCAAAAGUGAUGUUUUGGUAAGUCUUCCUAAAAGUGAUGAGGAGUUUGAGGCGACUAGUGGGGUUCGGUGUGUUACUAAGGUUUCUCAAUUCGAAGAUGUGGAUAUGGAAGACCCGCAUUUGGAUGUGGGCAUGUCAUUUGAUUCAGCAGCUCAAUUUAGGAAAGCUGUGAGGGAAUACAAUUUGUUUAGGGGAAAUGAUGUUAAGUUCACAAAAAAUGAUGGGGACCAGGUCAUUGGAGUCUGCAAGAAUAAUGCCAAGGGUUGUCCUUGGAGAGUUUAUGGUUCAUUGGUGGAUUGCGGACAAGAUGUUCCACAAAUUCAAGAUACAGCAAACUAUCCAUUUGCAGCUCUCAAUGACGAUGUAAAAAGGAAAUGGAAUGUGGAUGCCAGUUUUAGGCAACUAUACAAGGCUAAGGUGAAAGCCCUAGAAUUUAUAGAAGGUAAGCACAAAGAGCAAUACAAGCGGCUAAUGGAUUAUUGUGCAACGGUUAGGCAAACAAAUAGAGGGAGUACAAUGUUGAUGAAAGUUGAACGGCCUACUUUAGAUGUCGCACCUACUUUUCUACGGUUGUAUAUGUCUUUGGCAGCAUGCAAAGACGGUUUCAAAAAAGCUUGUAGGCCUGUGAUAGGUGUGGAUGGAUGCUUUCUCAAGGGACGCUAUGAGGGGCAACUGUUGGCUGCUGUUGGGAGAGAUCCCAAUGACAACAUUUAUCCCAUUGCCAUGGCUGUGGUUGUAGCUGAAAACAAAGACAGUUGGAGUUGGUUUCUAGAGACAUUGGUGGCUGACCUUGGUCCAAAUGGAAGUAAUGGGUGGACAUUCAUCUCUGAAAGUUUCGAAGAUGUGGUACCAACUGCCCCGCAUUGCAUAUGUCUGAGACAUUUAUAUGCGAACUUUAGGAGUGAUGGGCAUAAAGGAUUGGUUUUGAAGGACAAGUUGUGGAAGGCAGCUUCGACAUAUAAUAUUCCUAGAUUUGACAAGAAAAUGGCAGCGAUGAAGAGGUUGAGUCCAACUGCACAUGCUUACUUGGAGAAGAUUGACCCACAUACCUGGGCUAGGGCUUAUUUCGACAUAGGCCCGAAGUGA